GCGGGCGCGCAGCGGCGGCGCCACGGACUUGUCCCCCCGGCCGAGGAGAGCCAGCCGCCGCCUGCGAUCCUGGCUCCUGGGCAGGGGAGGACAGGGUGAAAGAAAGACAAACUAAACGCCAAACAACCCCCAGCGUCUGCGCCCGCCUGGUUUUUAUUUUUGUUCUUUAAUUAUUUCGGAAAAAAAAAUUGACUGUGUUUUCGGCGAUUUGUGCCGCGUGUGGAGUUCUUUUCCGCACACCCCUGACAAACAAAGGAAAAGGGGGAGGGGGAUCGCGUUUCGCAGAAGACAUGCGUUCAGUCAGGAAGAGGUGGACUGUGUGCACGAUAAGUCUCCUCCUCAUCUUUUAUAAGACGAAAGAAAUAGCGCGGACCGAGGAGCGCCAGGAGGCACCUCUCGCCGGAGAUGGUGAACUGAGUUUAAGUAGAUCAAUGGUCAAUAGCUCUGAUAAGAUAAUUCGAAAGGGUGGCUCCUCAAUCUUCCAGCAUGUUGUAGAAGGUUGGAAAAUCAAUUCUUCUUUGGUACUGGCCAUAAGAAAGAACAUUCUUCGAUUCUUGGAUGCUGAAAGAGAUGUCUCAGUGGUCAAAAGCAGCUUCAAGCCAGGAGAUGUAAUCCAUUAUGUACUGGACAGACGUCGCACCCUAAACAUUUCUCAGGAUUUGCACAGUCUUCUCCCUGAAGUUUCCCCAAUGAAGAAUCGCCGAUUUAAAACCUGUGCAGUUGUUGGGAAUUCUGGCAUCCUUCUGGACAGCGGAUGUGGAAAAGAGAUUGAUAGCCAUGACUUUGUAAUAAGGUGCAAUCUAGCUCCUGUGGUGGAGUUUGCUGCCGAUGUGGGAACUAAAUCUGAUUUUAUUACCAUGAACCCAUCAGUUGUACAAAGAGCAUUUGGAGGCUUUCGGAAUGAGAGUGACAGAGAAAAAUUUGUGCAUAGACUAUCCAUGCUGAAUGACAGUGUCCUUUGGAUCCCUGCUUUCAUGGUCAAAGGCGGAGAGAAGCAUGUGGAGUGGGUUAAUGCAUUAAUCCUUAAGAAUAAAUUGAAAGUGCGAACCGCCUAUCCAUCACUGAGACUUAUUCAUGCUGUCAGAGGCUAUUGGCUGACAAACAAGGUCCACAUUAAACGACCCAGCACUGGUCUCCUCAUGUAUACUCUUGCCACCAGAUUUUGUGAUGAAAUUCACCUGUAUGGAUUUUGGCCAUUCCCAAAGGAUUUACAUGGAAAACCAGUCAAGUAUCAUUAUUAUGAUGAUCUGAAGUAUCGGUACUUUUCUAAUGCCAGUCCUCAUAGGAUGCCAUUAGAGUUUAAAACAUUGUAUGUAUUACAUAACAGAGGAGCACUUAAAUUAACAACAGGGAAAUGUGUACAGCAAUAAAGCACAAGUACAAUAAGAAGUACAGAAUACACACUUCAUCAUAAAGAUGUUGUGGAAUGGCAAUGGGAUCCCAGUGAGGAUAUGUUUAAAUACCCACUAAGCCAUCGGAAAAAGGAAUUUUAUCAGAAGUACAUAACCAGCUAUUAUACCUGUAAAGUGCUAUAUAACUAAGCUAUCUUGACUGCAAGGCUUCAAGUAAGUGCCACUUUCACUAAGAGCAAGGCUUGAAUGUAUAUUCAGUAGUGUUUACAGGAUCCAGUGACACAUUCAUCAUGAAUUAAAGAAGAAAAAUACAGCCUGCGUAGUGCUGACUUGCCACUGUGGUCAGACAGCCCACAGAAGAAAUCCCAAGUGGAUGGAAUAUUUUCUUGAGCAAAGAAACCAGGCUUUGGCAGAAAAGAUCAUGAUGGAAUUGAGUAGAGAAAGUGAAGUCCGUACGAUCAACCAAAUCAGUAAAUGCAUUCAGUCAGAGGACUGUUUCUGAUCAUGUAUUAUAACCUCAGCUUUUGUUGCUGUUUUUCUUAUUGCUGUUGGUUGGGUUUUGUUGCUUUUAAGUAUUGGAGCCCUUAAAGGAUUUUGAGGAUGUUACAAGUAAUUAAAAGUAUAUUUCAUAUGGAACUGUCGUAGGAAGAAAAUUUGUAAGGGUGGGAGGGUAGAGGGAAACAUCAAAUAUUUUAUCAAUUGUUAUUGUGUUGUAUCCUGCUGUCACACAACCCUUAACAUCUCAAUUGUUUUUCUAGCUACCGCUGUCAAUACCCACUACAUGGAACCACUCAGAGGUCAUUUUGAUUCAUUUUUAAAGAGAAGUUUUUCUGUUGUACUCAGAUUUGAAGACAUACAAGAAGGUGUCCUUAUUUUUGGUACCAAAGAUUACUUUUAUACACGUUUUUUCUUCUCCUUGAAGAAAUGGUGUAGAUUUAGUAUGAUGUUUCUUUGCUGCUGAAGGGAACAUAUUCUUUAUGUUACUUAAAUUUUUUAAUUAAGCAUCUCAAAGCAAAGUCUCUUCACUGACUUUGCAUAUAGAAUUUCAUUCUUCAGAAAAAUCUACAGGAGUAAAGAAAUUAUCUCAUAAAUUCAAAUAUAUAUAUAUAUUUACAAUUUUUAUUCCUGAUUGAAAGGAAAACACAAAGUCUAAAGAAACUCAGGUGACCCUGGAACACAUCUAAAGAAAAAAAAAAGACCUAGCCAGUUAAAUGGAAAAUAAAAGAAAUGUAGAUCAAACAGUUCUUUUAAAACUUAAAUUUCUGGUGGUGUUGGAUGAUAUCUCUAAUGUAACUCUUUUGUAUCAGCUUAAUGUUCUGAUGUGUGAUUGACUGAAAUAACACAUAGCUGCAUUAAUUCACAGUGAUUUUUCUCUGUAUCAUUCCUGUUUAUCCAUGAAACCAAGAAUUCUUUCACUCUCUUCUUUCAAAAAAAAAAGAACAAGAAAUUACAGGAUGGUGGGGGAGGGUGGAGUGUCAGUACAGCAUGUACUAAGAUAAAAAACCUGUCUGCAUAUGAUAUGCUAUAGCACUAAUGGAGCAGGUAAAUGAAGAACACCAUGGUUCCACCAUUUUCAUGUCAGGCUAGGCUAAGGAGGAGGCAUGCAGAUAAAAUGUAUGGGUAUUUUCUUGUUAUAUUUUCAGCUCUAUGUUAAGUCCUCAUCUCCAAAUACGAUAUUUGGUGUAUCUAUUGAAUUUUGAACUAGCUUGAGCAAUUUCAUAUGUAGCACAACACUCACAAACAUUAACUAGCUAAAAGUGCCAUUUAUUACCUAUUUUUCCUCUUAAGAUCACAUGUAUUUCAUCAUGCAUGACUAGAGGUCUGUGAUUAUGCAAAUUUAGUAGCUAAUUGCAGACAGUUUUGCAAAAGUUGAUGGGAAAUAGAAAAUUCUGCUGUAUCUAAGACACAGUAGCAUCUUUCCUUGUUCACCAGUCUCUCCUAGCCAGGACAGUUUACUUUGGCUAUAUACUAAGGUGUGGGCUGUGGUCCUCACAUCAUCACCGCUGAAACCAAGGCAUCACAAGUAGCUAAACAGCAGUACAGACUGGAAUGUGUUUAAUUGGCUGUCGAUAAGCCAGAGGGUGUUACUUGUACACUGUGUAAACUUGCAGUUUAAGACAAGGUAAUUUCCUUGAUGAAAGGUGGGCAUAUUCCUGUUCUUUCUGUUAGGGUUUUGCUGCUGUUGAUCUUUUGAAAUGUAUUUCACAUACAUUGACAGAAUUUCUGUUGAGAUAAAGAAUUCACAGGUGCCAGUCUUGCAGAAGCUCAGAGAAGCAUCUGUUCAGCUUUAUCUUUUCUUCUGGGAAUGUCUUUUCUUCCCUGUAGUGUCAGGCCAUCAACCAAAAGGGAAUUCAAGUAGACUAAAAUAUUAACUGACAGGUGAUUUUUUUCACUUCAGGGAAGGUUUUAAUACACCAGCUGAUUAUUUCUCUGAGAGCAAAGUAAACAGAUACUCUGAUUCCUAUGGUAGCAAAAAACCAUAAAAUUACUUGUGUAAUUGAAUAAGUGAAAACAAUGAGAUGUAAAUAGGAAGACAGAUGGGAAGGUUUGCCUUUAGAAGUCAGCGGAUGAAGAAAAAUUUGGCCUGAGCUUGUUUUGCAGGCUUCACAUUUGAUUCUCUGUGAGUGAAGUUAACUUUAGUACACAAGCAAUGGAGUCCAAAUUUUUACCUUAUCACUAAAUCUGACAGAACAGGGUGAUACAGGGCAAGGUUCCUCUGGCUUGGUUUGGCACAAGACAUGACAGUAGCACGUACUUCCAAGACAACAGAGUUUGCCCAUACCUUCUCAAAACUGGGCCUUAACCUUAUCUCCUGCAGGCUUUCCACCUUCAAUAAUGCACACUUCUGGCACCAUGAGCCAUGGUCUCAUGGCUCUUUACUGUCAUCCACACUCAUCCUUCUCAUAGCACCCUCCUCAAACUGGCACCCAAUUGUGCCUCCCUACCAAAAGCAUAGGACUCCUCACUAAUCCAUCUCCUGUCUCACCUGCCUCAGCUUUAUCCUGAGCUGAAGUGUAAUGUAGCAAGUGGUAGGUUUCAGACCAUCCUCUGAGGCAAGUAGCAGUUGUAGUCUUUGACUGUGCAGGUUUUCACAAGAACUAGGAGUCAUUUUAGUCUAUUGCUCUUGUAUAAGAUCUGUGUCCAUGUGGAGCCCAAAGCUUCUGGAGCUCCCUGGUGUGCGGUUUGUUGUGCUGCAAAUUGUCUGUUUUCAGGUGGUUUGUGACCACCAGUUAUUGGUUACUCUAGGGUGACCUGAGGUGGAGCAUGCCCAGAGUUUGUUCCUGUUAGGUUACAUGGCCUUAGUUGUUAGCCCUCUCACUGCUGGGAAGCUGUAGCAAUGGACUCACUGCAGGCAGCCUUUCUUAUCUUUCUCUUAAACCUUCUGGCUCUGUAUUGCCCUGGGGCUCUUUGUACAUUUCUAUUUAGGCACCCCAGGUCCUGAAUGAAAAAAACAGAUUACUUCUACUGUGUGACUCUUCUUCCCUAAAGAUGACCUGGGGGAUAGCGACAAAGGCUUAGCUGCUGUAUGGGGACUUGACAGGGGAAUAAAUUUCACCUUGUGGUCCUUCACUGGGCAGCAGUCAACAGUUGAAGCCUCUGUAGCUGCCUUGAAUGAUUUCUGUUGUUUAUAUAGAUUCACACCUCCUGUGCUGCCUACAGCACAGAUCAGAUAAAUAGGCUUUAUUAUACUAUACCACUUUUAUCAUCCAAUGCUAUCAACAACUACAACAAAGUAGAUGAUAGGAUAAAAAGAAGAAGGAUCCCUAAUUUUGUAAUGAUAACUGCCUUGGUGAGGAACAUCUGAGGAAUGCCCAUCAGUUGAGUGUUCCUCAAAUUUAUCCUCACAUCAGUCAUGUCAAUUGCCAGCUAUGGUUUCUAAAUGUAUGUUAAAAGUAAGAACUGGGAGCUACAUCAAGACAGCAGACGGUGUAUAUUUUUCUGAAUCUUAUGGCAGCUUUACAUUGAACAACUCGAUUUUAUUCAGAUAAAUUUAUUGUAAAUUGUUUAUUAAUGUACUUAUUAAUGUUUCUGUGGCAGAGAGUCUUUCAUAGUUCAUAAAAAUAAUAGAUAAUUAUAUUUGAUUGUUAAGUUUUCAGCUCUGGGACAGUUCUUUCUCUGACAGCUCUGAGCCACUCUCCAGGUAUAAGACUACUGAACCUUUCAAACCCUGGCUGGUUUACACAAUCUGAUAUGUAAUAAAGACUGUACCAUUUUUGUUAAACAAUAUAAGCAACAUGUGCUUGAGGUCAGCACCUUUUCUCUAAUUGACUGCAAUUUGAAGAAAAACAGGUGUGGGUUCAGUACCUUUUUUUUAGUGUUUAAUCUAGCAAAGUGCUGAGCACGCUUUACAGUGACUUUCCUGGGAGAGACAUGCCCAGGAUUUAGAUGGGGAUCUAGAUUAGCAUAUUUCAGGAUAUAAGUCUGAAAUUGCACAUUAUUUAUUUUUAAGAGCACUGUUACUUUGUGUAGGGAAAAGCACAAUUGUUCUAAAUGUAGAUAAAAUAAAGGAAGAGCGUUUACAGAGAGCUUCAUUCCUGCACAGUACUAUUGCUACUGAGCAUAUGUAAUACAAUUUCUGUGGUUUAAAGUAUUGAUAUGUAUUCUGUCAGGAUUGUCAUGUUUGACACUGUUGAUAUUACUUCAAGUACAGCUAUGGGGAUUGUUUUUUAUUUGUAUAACUGUAAAAUAAAGAGUUUUUUUCAUUUUUCUGCUAUAUUCUAUCCCAUAUUCCUUUGUAACACAGUUGUGAUAAUAUUUUUCAGUUAUGUGCUAAUUCUAAGGAUAUGUGGAAGGAGAGUGUCUGCUCCUUUAAGGUGUCUGUUCAAGGACUUUCUCAACACAAAAGGGGAUAUUAAGAAAAGGAGGAAGCCAUAAACAAGAACACAGAGCGACACAAACCUGACCCACAAAUUACGAGGGAGGCAGCGAUGAGAACCUAAAUUGAUCAGUUGCACCAACUAGUAAGGAUAUGUGGAGUGUAGGAAUGUUUAUUACAGUAAGAUUAUCUGAUCAAGGACCUUGUCAAAUGGCAUACUAAGGAAAAGGGGGAAGCAAUAAAGUAUAUGGAGACACAAAACUGACAGGCAAAUCAUAAUGGAGACAAAGACAAGAAGCCAACUUCGUCAGUCACACUAGCUGAAUGGCUAUCAAGAAACCACAGGCAAACAGGACUUUCUGACUGAUAAAGAUGCAGACCUGAGGGUGCGGGAUGUUGGAGAGGAGUCUGGGACUGUGCAAACUGAUGAGGCAGUGUGCAGGGGAGGAAGAAAGGAGGAAUAGACAGAACAGGGGCCGGCCGCAUGUAAACCGUGGCUGGUCAGCAUGCCUGUCUGGCUGAGCCCUGCGCCUGAUUGUGCAGUCUGUCCUCACUCCCCAUUAAA